AUGACAAUUUCUGAGUUACUUGCCUCCAUUACAGGCGAAAAGGCCACGCCUUCAGCAACCCCAGCUCCCCGCUCGACCGUCGUGCAGCCAAAACGGAAAGCCGACAAUGAGCUUCGAGGAGAUGGCCCAAAGAAACCCCGCCCAGUUGGCACCGCGGAUCAGCCCUUGAAGCCAAGCGGUGACAACUCAAAGCUCCCUUCUCGGGUGGCAGAACGAUCGCUCGACCGCGCUGGCGACAAGCCAGACAAGCCAGACAAGCCGUCUCUGGUAUCGCGUUCCCAGACAAGUAAAUCCGUCAGCGAGAAGCCAACUGUUUCUGCAUCUAAAGCUAUCGUUUCCAAGACUUCCGGCACCACCAGCACAACGCCCUCGAACGGACACAAAGCUGUUCCCUCCCAAACAUCAGCCAGCCGCCCUUCUGCGACGAGCUCGGCUCCUCCAAAGAAGCGUUCAUAUGCAGAAAUCAUGGCGCGGGCAAAAGCCAACUCGGAGUUGCGAGAGUCACUUGGAAAAAUUCAGCACAAGUCUAUUGAGCGUGAACGAAAAGACUUGAAAGUCGGGGAUGCGUCCAAGCCCAAAACCAUCGCUACAAAACCGUCGGCCCCGGGCAAGGGAAGCGCGGCUGUGACGUCAGCUCAGAAUCGAACCAGCCACGCACCGGAAGCCCGGAGUGGAGGUUCGUCUGAUGCUGCAGCGGGUAAGAAGACAGCCGUCGCUGCUCCAGAGAAAAAACUCAAGAAGGCCGCGAUGGCAACGACAGGCUAUAUGGGUACUGCACGGCCAAGAUCAAACCCAUCGACAACCGCUAAAGGAGGAGCGAGUGGCAACUCAAGCUUAGGUGACAGACCUCGGAGCACGUCGCGAUAUGGAGGGCCUCUUUCCGCGCCGCGGCGGAGAUAUGAAGACGAUGAUGAUGACCUUGAUGACUUUAUCGAGUACGACGAGGAUGAAGAGGAUGGCUACGCACAUCGGUACAGAUAUGACUCCUACGACGACGAGUCGGAUAUGGAAGCCGGGCUUUCGGACAUUGAAGAUGAGGAGUUGGCAGCCGAACGCGCCGCGCGGCUGGAGGAUGAAGAGCAGGAAGCCCUUGAGAGGCGGCUAAAGCGAGAAAAGGAAGAGAGGAAGCGGAGGCUGUUGGAACAAGCUAAAGCCAAGAGCGGCAGUCGCUGA